AUGGCCUCAAACUCAACUGAGAUACUCCACGAAUUCUCUCCCUUAAUGCGAGUAUACAAGGGCGGCAGGGUGGAAAGAUUAGCAGGGAAAGACAUUGUAGCUGCAUCAGUGGAUCAAGAAACCGGUGUUGAAUCCAAAGAUGUGCAAAUUUCACCAGAACUGGACAUCUCUGGAAGGCUUUACCUGCCCAAGAAAGCCAAACAGGGAACAAAACUUCCUCUUCUGGUCUACUUCCAUGGAGGAGGCUUUUUCGUCGAAUCCGCCUUCUCCCCUUUUUAUCAUACGUACCUCAAUGCAGUAGUUGCAGAAGCUGAUGUUGUAGCAGUUUCAGUAAACUAUCGCCUCGCUCCCGAGCACCCUUUACCGACUGCUUUUGAGGAUUCUUGGAUUGCACUCCAAUGGGUCGCUUCGCAUUUAAACGGGGAGGGUCCUGAGGCAUGGCUCAGGGGCUAUGCUGAUUUUGAUCGGGUGUUUCUUGGUGGGGAUAGCGCUGGUGGUAACAUAGCACACAACAUGGCCUUAAAGGUCGGGCUGGAGAAGCUGAAAGGUGUCAAUGUUGAAGGGAUUUUUCUCAAUUGUCCUUAUUUUUGGGGCAAAGAGCCAGUUGGUAGUGAAGCCACAAGAUUGGAGAAAAAGGGACAUCUUUCUUUUUGGGAUAAGUCCUAUGUUGAGGCCGCUUGGCAUUUUGUUUACCCAAAUACCACAGGGCUAGAUGAUCCAUUGCUGAAUCCUGUGAUGGAACCAAAUCUUUCCAGGCUAGGCUGCAGAAGGGUGCUGGUCUGUGUUGCUGAGCAAGAUAUUUUGAAGGAUAGGGGAUGGUUUUACAAAGAAGCAUUGGAGAAGAGUGAGUGGGCUGGAGAUGUGGAGGUUGUGGAUGUUGCAGGGGAAGAUCAUGUCUUCAAUCUCUUCUUUCCCAAGGGAGAAAAUGCUCUGUCUUUGCUGAAAAAGUUGGCUAGUUUCAUCGGAAGGAAUGGGGUGUAG